AUGUUCAGAACUUUCCACUAUUUCCUUGCCGCUCUCCUCGUCGCUUCUGUCGCUGGACAAGAAGUGAAGAAUGUUGGAUUCCCACUCAGUUACAAGGCUGAUUUGGGCUGUGUUGAAAUGAUUGCCACACAUGCUUUCAAUGGUGACUGCUGUUCGCUCAAGGCCACUGCUGAUGAGGGGUGUGUCUUGGUUGUCGUGAACGGAAACUGUGUUGUUAACGGACCUAUUUGGGAAGUAGACUACACAUCCACAUACGACAGUGAUAGCUGCCCAACCUCUGCUUUCACCGACCUUCCAACUAAGCUCGCCUCAUUAGAACCAGAAGGCGCCGAAGGAUCCAAUAUCUCUUCCGCCCCCAAGUCCUUCGCUGUGCUGAGUCUCGUGCUUUCAGCGUUUGCUUACUUCUUGUGA